AUUCAUUUAUACGUUCUCCUAGCAUCCCGCCCGCCCCCACGAAGAAUUUUCUCUUGUACAAGAACCGAGGAAUUAAAUGCCGGUGAAAACUGCAUACACGGAGUUUAGUCACUUCUGGCGGUGCCAAGUGAACACUUGUAUUUAUUGAUAUAUAACUGCAGGAAUAAUGAACGUUUCAACUAUGAUUAAUCGCGUGUGAAAUUCAAGUGGAACGAGAUGUUUGAAACUGGACGAAGACCAGCUAUUAGCAGUUCAGAGCUCGGACUUUACUCUGAUCAGGCUGAUCGAUAUAAUUCCAAUAAAUACGGUUCUGUAGUCAAGAAAUUUGUCAUUGUGGUCAUGGCAAUUGUUGCUAGCAUUUUGGCCGUAAUUUUUAUCUACGACUUUGCGUCUGGUACUUCGGCUACUAGUAAAGUUAGCCAGGAGACCAAACACAUCUACAUCCUUCAAAAUACCUUGAAGAAAGCAGCGAAUUUUUCUAAAAAAAUUACAACAACAUCGCAAAAGCCUGAGAUCGAAAGAUUGACAACUGCUAAUAUUGAAGAUCGAUACGAUAAUAAUAUCAAAACAUUGUCCUUCAUUGAUGACUUGAAAGAUGUCGACAGAAAGGAGAAGAGUUCUGACCCUGAUCCAAUCGAGCCUCGAGCCCAAAGUCUUAAGAAUUUCAAAUUGAGAAAGAGAUUGUUGGAGUCUGCAGAGAAUGAUGAUGUUGGAAGGGAAAAGCUUGAAGUAGAGCCAAAACAGUUGUUCAGCAAUCAUGCAGUUGUUUAUCGAGUCAGACAAAUGUAUCCCAAUAAACUUAAUAAUGAUGAGGAAACAUCAGAGGAGUCCCAACCAGCCCCGUUCCACUUUAAACUUCAGAACCCAAUCCCUUCAUCCUUCCAGCGCGUGAAAUUCCCUCAAUUGAGUCAGUAUAGAUAUCCCCAAAGCUCCAGAAAUAUCCAGGAUAUUAUAAAAUACUUGACAAAUGAUCCCGAGAGUCCGAAACGGGGUAUUAAAUUCACUGGAGUCUAUAUGAAUCCGAAGAAGUACGAUCUUUACCCCGACAUUGGUGAGAUGAUGGCGACUAGCGAUAAAUCAGAGAUCGCUAUCACUGAAGACGAAGAGGAUUCUGACGACUCUGAGGAUUCACCACUUUUGUUUAUGAAUAAUGAUCCUUUCUAUCCUUACAAGCCCAAACAUCCUGCAGAUGUCAAUCUCCUAGCGCCUGUGAAUCUCAGAUUUUCACCAGCAGGACUGCAGAGAUAUAAUCCUUAUUACGAGUCCUACAUGCAGCGUCCUGUAAUAAUGAGACCGCCCCCAUCUCUCGAAUCACCUUAUGAAAACGGCGCAUCAUAUACAGGAACAUACGGAAACAAGAAAAGGAAGGCAAAGCCAUUCAGUGUGAUGUUGGACAUCUAUCCUAUUACUGAAUUGACCGAUCAAUCUACAAAUCAGAAAACGUCACCACCGAGGCCUGGAACAAGUGCAGAGGAUUAUUCCUCGGAUCCAAGAAGACCAUUGAGUUUUGGUCGAGGUGGACGGUAUUAUGGAGGACAAGCUCAAUCGAUACCCAUGGUUGCUAUUCCAGCGAGUCAAUCUGGAAUGUUGGAGGAUGAAGAAAAACAACAGAUGGUAUUUCACCUGAAUUUGUAUCCACGGAAGAAAAAUAAACUCAGCAGAAAGGAUAUUCUACAAAGAUCUGCAGCAAUGCGACCAGAAGACCAGGACCAAUUCGUGAGGAAAAUAAUGUCUCCAUUCGAUGCAAUAACAAAACAAUUAACUGAUCAGUCUGUUAUUGAGGAACUAAAGGAAGAAGAGUCGGAGAGUGAUCCCAUUAAUUUGCCGUUAGUCAAAUAUGAAGAGAGCUUCGUAGAAAUGCCAAAUGAAGACACUAAAAAUGACGAAAAAAUACCUCUGAAUCAUAAGAAGGAUAAGAAUGGAAAAAAUGUAGAGAGAACGGGGAAAUCAUAUCCAACUAUCGAGAAUGAAAUGAAAAAUCCUAUCUCGAAAGUCGAUAUUGAUACAUCCGAUGCUUUCCAGAAAUUCGCAGAUGGUUUAGUCGCGAUAGAGUAAUUUCAAUUUCCAACUUAAAUCUAAAAACAUCGCGUAUUAAUACUCAAGGACUAUUCACAUUGCUAUAAAAUUGCCUAAAUCUGAAAAAGUAAAAGUGUUCAUAAAUAAAUGCAAUUAUCAAUUAUUACAUUACAACUCAUAAUUGCAAGUAUUACAUGACAUUGAAAAUUGUAAUAUAUUCAAAUCGACAUUUAAAAAUCUAAAUAUUUAAUCAUAGAUUUUACGAGUUUUUUCAUGAUGUUUUCACACUAUAAACUUGAGCGGAUUCAUCAGAAAAACUAAAUAAAUAAAAAAAAUAGGUUUAACUGUUCGUUGUUACCUUGACAUUUUCACAAGGUUACUAAAAGUAGAAUAGAAGAAUGAUGAAUCCCCAAACUUUCGAAAUUCUUGUGUAUCCAAAUAUAUUCAUAAACAUUGAUUAAAUUUUUGCAUGAAA